AUGUCGAGGAGGUCGGUCAACCCCGGCCGCCGGGCCUCCGAGGGCGGCCUGCCCACCGUCGCCGGCCUGCUCCACCCAAAGUCGCGCUCGCCGCCGGUGCUCACAAUCGCGCUGCUCGUACUGGGUGUCAUUGUUCUCAUCGCCUACUUCAACAGCGGCUCAGGUAGUUUGACUCUUCCUCCGUUGCCAGGUGUAACCGUUACAAGCAGGGAAGCCGUGACCAGGGCUGAAGGUUCUUGCACAUCAGAAGUUAUCCAGGCACUUCCUUAUCUUAAAAAGGCGUACGGCAGUGAUAUGCAGAAGGUUCUCCAUGUAGGCCCUGAUAGUUGUACAGUAGUUUCAAACUUGUUGAAAGAAGGGAAGGUCGAAGCAUGGGGGGUGGAGCCUUAUGAUUUGGAGGAUGCUGAUAGUAGCUGCAAAAGCCUUGUGCGCAAGGGCUUUGUCCGCAUGUCUGACAUUAAGUUCACUCUUCCAUACCGCCCAGAUUCUUUUAACCUUGUUGUUGUGUCAGAUGCUUUGGAUUAUCUGACCCCAAGGUAUCUGAACAAAACACUUCCUGAUUUAGCAAGGGUGUCCACAAAUGGCCUUGUCAUCUUUACCGGCAAUCCAGGCCAGCAGAAGGCUAAGGUUUCUGAACUACCAAAAUUUGGAAGACCAGCAAAGUUGCGGAGUAAUUCAUGGUGGACGCGCUACUUCAUCCAGACUGGCUUAACAGAGAAUGAAGGGCCAUUGAAGAAGUUUGAGCAGGCCGCUUCGAAGAGCAACUACAAACCUGACUGUCAAAUCUUCCACCUCAGCUCAUAGUACUGUACCAAGCAGGACAAUGUCAAUCCAUGACACCUUGGAUCACCGUCUCACUGUUUUUGUAAGCAAUAUCCCCCCGUCGAAGAGGAAGUGUCACACGAACAGCCAGCCUUCUCCGUAGGUAGCUUUUGUAGAGAGGCUUCACCACUUGUUGCUAGAGAAUUCUGUCUGGAGGUUAAAUUAUGUGUCAUUAUGCACCGUGAAAAGCCCGGACGGCAUAUAUAUGUGUCAGAACUUUACAAUGUUGUACCAUGCUACAUUCUUGGGUGUCAGCUGUUCCCUGAGCAGCUUCAAAUGUAAACUCCUCCAAGAGAGGCAGAUCAUAUAUUCAUAUCGUGUCCCUUUGUGAUCUU